CGCCCCGCGCCGCGCGGGCAGGAGGAGGAGCCGCGGCGGGGCCCGCACUGCAGCGCCAGCGUUCGAGCGGGCGGCCGAGCUCCCGGAGCGGCCUGGCUCCCAGCCCCGAGCGGGCGUCGCUCAGCAGCAGGUCGCGGCCGCAGCCCCAUCCAGCCCCGCGCCCGCCAUGCCGUCCGCCGACCCCGCCUGAGCCGCGGCCGCAGCCCCAUCCAGCCCCGCGCCCGCCAUGCCAUCCGCCGACCCCGCCUGAGCCGCGGCUUCCGCGCGCGGGCGGGCCUGGGGACGGCGGGGCCAUGCGCGCGCUGCCCUAACGAUGCCGCCCGCCGCGCCCGUGCGCCUGGCGCUGGCCCUGGGCCUGGGCCUGUGGCUCGGGGCGCUGGCGGGGGGCCCCGGGCGCGGCUGCGGGCCCUGCGAGCCCCCCUGCCUCUGCGGCCCAGCGCCCGGCGCCGCCUGCCGCGUCAACUGCUCGGGCCGGGGCUGCGGACGCUCGGUCCCGCGCUGCGCAUCCCCGCGGACGCCACAGCGCUAUCGGAUGCUCGGCGCUGGGGGAGCCUGUUCUGUAAUCGAUAAACCCCGAUCGACCUCACCACCUCUUGCUCAGCCUAUAUACCGCCAUCUUCAGCAAACCUUGACGAAGGCCACAAAAGACGUCUCCCACAACCUGCUCCGGGCGCUGGACGUUGGGCUCCUGGCGAACCUCUCGGCGCUGGCAGAGCUGGAUAUAAGCAACAACAAGAUUUCUACGUUAGAGGAAGGAAUAUUUGCUAAUUUAUUUAAUUUAAGUGAAAUAAACCUGAGUGGGAACCCGUUUGAGUGUGACUGUGGCCUGGCGUGGCUGCCGCGAUGGGCGGAGGAGCAGCAGGUGCGGGUGGUGCAGCCCGAGGCAGCCACGUGUGCUGGGCCUGGCUCCCUGGCUGGCCAGCCUCUGCUUGGCAUCCCCUUGCUGGACAGUGGCUGUGGUGAGGAGUAUGUCGCCUGCCUCCCUGACAACAGCUCAGGCACCGUGGCAGCAGUGUCCUUUUCAGCUGCCCACGAAGGCCUGCUUCAGCCAGAGGCCUGCAGCGCCUUCUGCUUCUCCACCGGCCAGGGCCUCGCAGCCCUCUCGGAGCAGGGCUGGUGCCUGUGUGGGGCGGCCCAGCCCUCCAGUGCCUCCUUCGCCUGCCUGUCCCUCUGCUCCAGCCCCCCGCCGCCUCCUGCCCCCACAUGUAGGGGCCGCACCCUCCUCCAGCACGUCUUCCCUGCCUCCCCAGGGGCCGCCCUGGUGGGGCCCCACGGACCCCUGGCCUCUGGCCGGCUAGCAGCCUUCCACAUCGCUGCCCCGCUCCCUGUCACUGCCACACGCUGGGACUUCGGAGAUGGCUCCCCCGAGGUGGAUGCUGCUGGGCCGGCUGCCUCGCAUCGCUAUGUGCUGCCUGGGCGCUAUCACGUGACGGCCGUGCUGGCCCUGGGGGCCGGCUCAGCCCUGCUGGGGACGGACGUGCAGGUGGAGGCGGCACCUGCCACCCUGGAGCUCGUGUGCCCGUCCUCGGUGCAGAGUGACGAGAGCCUCGACCUCAGCAUCCGGAACCGCGGUGGUUCAGGCCUGGAGGCCGCCUACAGCAUCGUGGCCCUGGGCGAGGAGCCGGCCCGAGCGGUGCACCCGCUCUGCCCCUCGGACACGGAGAUCUUCCCUGGCAGCGGGCACUGCUACCGCCUGGUGGUGGAGAAGGCGGCCUGGCUGCAGGCGCAGGAGCAGUGUCGGGCCUGGGCUGGGGCCGCCCUGGCAAUGGUGGACAGUCCCGCCGUGCAGCGCUUCCUGGUCUCCCGGGUCACCAGGAGCCUAGACGUGUGGAUCGGCUUCUCGACUGUGCAGGGGGUGGAGGUGGGCCCAGCGCCGCAGGGCGAGGCCUUCAGCCUGGAGAGCUGCCAGAACUGGCUGCCCGGGGAGCCACACCCAGCCACAGCCGAGCACUGCGUCCGGCUCGGGCCCACCGGGUGGUGUAACACCGACCUGUGCUCAGCGCCGCACAGCUACGUCUGCGAGCUGCGGCCCGGAGGCCCAGUGCAGGAUGCCGAGAACCUCCUCGUGGGAGCGCCCAGUGGGGACCUGCAGGGACCCCUGACGCCUCUGGCACAGCAGGACGGCCUCUCAGCCCCGCACGAGCCCGUGGAGGUCAUGGUAUUCCCGGGCCUGCGUCUGAGCCGUGAAGCCUUCCUCACCACGGCCGAAUUUGGGACCCAGGAGCUCCGGCGGCCCGCCCAGCUGCGGCUGCAGGUGUACCGGCUCCUCAGCACAGCAGGGACCCCGGAGAACGGCAGCGAGCCUGAGAGCAGGUCCCCGGACAACAGGACCCAGCUGGUCCCCGCGUGCAUGCCAGGGGGAUGCUGGUGCCCUGGAGCCAACAUCUGCUUGCCGCUGGACGCCUCCUGCCACCCCCAGGCCUGCGCCAAUGGCUGCACGUCAGGGCCAGGGCUACCCGGGGCCCCCUAUGCGCUAUGGAGAGAGUUCCUCUUCUCCGUUCCCGCGGGGCCCCCCCGCGCAGUACUCGCACAGCCGCUCCUUCCUGUCUGCCAGGUCUUGGCCUGUGUCCUCUCCCCGUGUGUCCCCCUGUCUGCAACUGUCCUGCCUGUCCUUGUCAGGAGCACUGUGGGGAGGCUCCCUGAGGUCACCCUCCACGGCCAGGAUGUCCUCAUGCUCCCUGGUGACCUCGUUGGCUUGCAGCACGAUGCUGGCCCUGGCGCCCUCCUGCACUGCUCGCCGGCUCCCAGCCACCCUGGUCCCCAGGCCCCGUACCUCUCCGCCAACGCCUCGUCAUGGCUGCCCCACUUGCCAGCCCAGCUGGAGGGCACUUGGGCCUGCCCUGCCUGUGCCCUGCGGCUGCUUGCAGCCACGGAACAGCUCACCGUGCUGCUGGGCCUGAGGCCCAACCCUGGGCUGCGGCUGCCUGGGCGCUAUGAGGUCCGGGCAGAGGUGGGCAAUGGCGUGUCCAGGCACAACCUGUCCUGCAGCUUUGACGUGGUCUCCCCAGUGGCUGGGCUGCGGGUCAUCUACCCUGCCCCCCAUCACGGCCGCCUCUACGUGCCCACCAACGGCUCAGCCUUGGUGCUCCAGGUGGACUCUGGUGCCAACGCCACGGCCACGGCUCGCUGGCCCGGGGGCAGUGUCAGCGCCCGCUUUGAGAAUGCCUGCCCUGCCCUGGUGGCCACCUUCGUGCCCGGCUGCCCCUGGGAGACCAAUGAUACCCUGUUCUCAGCGGUAGCACUGCCGUGGCUCAGUGAGGGGGAGCACGUGAUGGACGUUGUGGUGGAAAACAGCGCCAGCCGGGCCAACCUCAGCCUGCGGGUGACGGCGGAGGAGCCCAUCUGUGGCCUCCGCGCCACGCCCAGCCCCGAGGCCCGUGUACUGCAGGGAGUCCUAGUGAGGUACAGCCCCGUGGUGGAGGCCGGCUCGGACAUGGUCUUCCGGUGGACCAUCAACGACAAGCAGUCCCUGACCUUCCAGAACGUGGUCUUCAAUGUCAUUUAGCAGAGCGCGGCGGUCUUCAAGCUCUCACUGACGGCCUCCAACCACGUGAGCAACGUCACUGUGAACUACAACGUCACCGUGGAGCGGAUGAACAGGAUGCAGGGCCUGCGGGUCUCCACAGUGCCGGCCGUGCUGUCCCCCAAUGCCACGCUGGCACUGACGGCGGGCGUGCUGGUGGACUCGGCCGUGGAGGUGGCCUUCCUGUGGACCUUUGGGGAUGGGGAGCAGGCCCUCCACCAGUUCCAGCCUCCGUACAACGAGUCCUUCCCGGUUCCAGACCCCUCGGUGGCCCAGGUGCUGGUGGAGCACAAUGUCACGCACACCUACGCUGCCCCAGGUGAGUACGUCCUGACCGUCUUGGCAUCUAAUCCCUUUGAGAACCGGACGCAGCAGGUGCCUGUGAGCGUGCGCGCCUCCCUGCCCUCCAUGGCUGUGGGUGUGAGUGAUGGCGUCCUGGUGGCCGGCCGGCCCAUCACCUUCUACCCGCACCCGCUGCCCUCGCCUGGGGGUGUUCUUUACACGUUGGACUUCGGGGACGGCUCCCCUGUCCUGACCCAGAGCCAUCCGGCUGCCAACCACACCUAUGCCUCGAGGGGCACCUACCACGUGCGCCUGGAGGUCAACAACACGGUGAGCGGUGCGGCGGCCCAGGCGGAUGUGUGCGUCUUUGAGGAGCUCCGCGGGCUCAGCGUGGACAUGAGCCUGGCCGUAGAGCAGGGUGCCCCCGUGGUGGUCAGCGCCGCGGUGCAGACGGGCGACAACAUCACGUGGACCUUCGAGAUGGGGGACGGCACCGUGCCGUCGGGCCCGGAGGCCACAGUGGAGCAUGUGUACCUGCGGGCACAGAACUGCACAGUGACCGUGGGUGCGGCCAGCCCCGCCGGCCACCUGGCCCGGAGCCUGCACGUGCUGGUCUUCGUCCUGGAGGUGCUGCGCGUCGAGCCCACCGCCUGCAUCCCCACGCAGCCUGACGCGCGGCUCACGGCCUACGUCACCGGGAACCCGGCCCACUACCUCUUCGAUUGGACCUUUGGGGAUGGCUCCUCCAACACGACCGUGCGGGGGUGCCCGACGGUGACGCACAACUUCACGCGGAGUGGCACGUUCCCCCUGGCGCUGGUGCUGUCCAGCCGCGUGAACAGGGCGCAUUACUUCACCAGCAUCUGCGUGGAGCCAGAGGUGGGCAACGUCACCCUGCAGCCAGAGAGGCAGUUUGUGCAGCUUGGGGACGAGGCCCGGCUGGUGGCAUGUGCCUGGCCCCCGUUCCCCUACCGCUAUACCUGGGACUUUGGCACUGAGGAAGCCGCCCCCGCCCGUGCCGGGGGCCCUGAGGUGACGUUCAUCUACCGAGACCCAGGCUCCUAUCUUGUGACAGUCACCGCGUCCAACAACAUCUCCGCUGCCAAUGACUCAGCCCUGGUGGAGGUGCAGGAGCCCGUGCUGGUCACCAGCAUCAAGGUCAGUGGCUCCCUUGGGCUGGAGCUGCAGCAGCCCUACCUGUUCUCUGCUGUGGGCCGUGGGCGCCCCGCCAGCUACCUGUGGGAUCUGGGGGAUGGUGGGCGGCUCGAGGGUCCGGAGGUCACCCACGCUUACAACAGCACAGGUGACUUCACCGUUAGGGUGGCCGGCUGGAAUGAGGUGAGCCGCAGCGAGGCCUGGCUCAAUGUGACGGUGAGGCGGCGCGUGCGGGGGCUCGUCGUCAAUGCCAGCCGCACAGUGGUGCCCCUGAAUGGGAGCGUGAGCUUCAGCACCUCGCUGGAGGCCGGCAGUGAUGUGCGCUAUUCCUGGGUGCUCUGUGACCGCUGCACGCCCAUCCCUGGGGUUCCUACCAUCUCUUACACCUUCCGCUCCGUUGGCACCUUCAAUAUCAUCGUCACGGCUGAGAACGAGGUGGGCUCCACCCAGGACAGCAUCUUCGUCUAUGUCCUGCAGCUCAUAGAGGGGCUGCAGGUGGUGGGCGGUGGCCGCUACUUCCCCACCAACCACACGGUACAGCUGCAGGCCGUGGUCAGGGACGGCACCAACAUAUCCUACAGCUGGACUGCCUGGAGGGACAGGGGCCCGGCCCUGGCCGGCAGCGGCAAAGGCUUCUCGCUCACCGCGCUUGAGGCCGGCACCUACCAUGUGCAGCUGCGGGCCACCAACAUGCUGGGCAGCGCCUGGGACAACUGCACCGUGGACUUCGUGGAGCCUGUGGGGUGGCUGAUGGUGGCCGCCUCCCCGAACCCAGCUGCCGUCAACACAAGCGUCACCCUCAGUGCCGAGCUGGCUGGUGGCAGUGGUGUCGUAUACACUUGGUCCUUGGAGGAGGGGCUGAGCUGGGAGACCCCCGAGUCAUUUACCACCCACAGCUUCCCCACACCCGGCCUGCACUUGGUCACCAUGACGGCAGGGAACCCGCUGGGCUCAGCCAACGCCACUGUGUAAGUGGAUGUGCAGGUGCCUGUGAGUGGCCUCAGCAUCAGGGCCAGCGAGCCGGGAGGCAGCUUCGUGGUGGCCGGGUCCUCUGUGCCCUUUUGGGGGCAGCUGGCCACGGGCACCAAUGUGAGCUGGUGCUGGGCUGUGCCCGGCAGAAGCAGCAAGCGUGGCUCUCAUGUCACCAUGGUCUUCCCGGAUGCUGGCACCUUUUCCAUCCGGCUCAAUGCCUCCAACGCAGUCAGCUGGGUCUCAGCCACGUACAACCUCACGGUGGAGGAGCCGAUCGUGGGCCUGGUGCUGUGGGCCAGCAGCAAGGUGGUGGCGCCCGGGCAGCUUGUCCAUUUUCAGAUCCUGCUGGCUGCCGGCUCAGCUGUCACCUUCCGCCUGCAGGUCGGCGGGGCCAGCCCCGAGGUGCUCCCCGGGCCCCGUUUCUCCCACAGCUUCCCCCGCGUCGGAGACCACGUGGUGAGCGUGCAGGGCAAAAACCACGUGAGCUGGGCCCAGGCGCAGGUGCGCAUCGUGGUGCUGGAGGCCGUGAGCGGGCUGCAGGUGCCCAACUGCUGCGAGCCUGGCAUCGCCACGGGCACUGAGAGGAACUUCACAGCCCGCGUGCAGCGCGGCUCUUGGGUCGCCGACGCCUGGUACUUCUCACUGCAGAAGGUCCAGGGCGACUCGCUGGUCAUCCUGUCGGGCCGCAACGUCACCUACACGCCCGCGGCCGCGAGGCUGUUGGAAAUCCAGGUGCGCGCCUUCAACGCCCUGGGCAGUGAGAACCGCACGCUGGUGCUGGAGGUUCAGGACGCUGUCCAGUAUGUGGCCCUGCGGAGUGGCCCCUGCUUCACCAACCGCUCGGCGCAGUUUGAGGCCGCCACCAGCCCCAGCCCCCGGCGCGUGGCCUACCACUGGGACUUUGGGGAUGGGUCCCCAGGGCAGGACACAGAUGAGCCCAGGGCUGAGCACUCCUACCUGAGGCCUGGGGACUACCGCGUGCAGGUGAACGCCUCCAACCUGGUGAGCUUCUUCGUGGCGCAGGCCACGGUGACCGUCCAGGUGCUGGCCUGCCGGGAGCCGGAGGUGGACGUGGUCCUGCCCCUGCAGGUGCUGAUGCGGCGAUCACAGCGCAACUACCUGGAUGCCCACGUUGAGCUGCGCGACUGCGUCACCUACCAGACUGAGUACCGCUGGGAGGUGUACUGCACCGCCAGCUGCCAGCGGCCGGGGCGCCCGGCGCGUGUGGCCCUGCCCGGCGUGGAUGUGAGCCGGCCUCACCUGGUGCUGCCGCGGUUGGCGCUGCCUGUGGGGCACUACUGCUUUGUGUUUGUCGUGUCAUUUGGGGACACGCCACUGGCACGGAGCAUCCAGGCCAAUGUGACGGUGGCCCCCGAGCGCCUGGUGCCCAUCACUGAGGGUGGCUCAUACCGCGUGUGGUCAGACACACAGGACCUGGUGCUGGAUGAGAGCGAGUCCUACGACCCCAACCUGGAGGACGGCGACCGGACGCCGCUCAGUUUCCACUGGGCCUGUGUGGCUUCGACACAGAGGGAGGCUGGUGGGUGUGCGCUGAACUUUGGGCCCCGCGGGAGCAGCACGGUCACCAUUCCACGGGAGGGCUGGCGGCUGGCGGCUGGCGUGGAGUACACCUUCAGCCUCACCGUGUGGAAGGCCGGCCGCAAGGAGGAGGCCACCAACCAGACGGUGCUGAUCCGGAGUGGCCGGGUGCCCAUUGUGUCCUUGGAGUGUGUGUCCUGCAAGGCGCAGGCCGUGUACGAAGUGAGCCGCAGCUCCUACGUGUACCUGGAGGGCCGCUGCCUCAAUUGCAGCAGCGGCUCCAAGCGAGGGCGGUGGGCUGCACGUACGUUCAGCAACAAGACGCUGGUGCUGGAUGAGACCACCACAUCCACGGGCAGCGCAGGCAUGCGACUGGUGCUGCGGCGGGGCGUGCUGCGGGACGGCGAGGGAUACACCUUCACGCUCACGGUGCUGGGCCGCUCUGGCGAGGAGGAGGGCUGCGCCUCCAUCCGCCUGUCCCCCAACCGCCCGCCACUGGGGGGCUCUUGCCGCCUCUUCCCACUGGGCGCUGUGCACGCCCUCACCACCAAGGUGCACUUCGAAUGCAUGGGCUGGCAUGACGCGGAGGAUGCUGGUGCCCCGCUGGUGUACGCCCUGCUGCUGCGGCGCUGUCGCCAGGGCCACUGCGAGGAGUUCUGUGUCUACAAGGGCAGCCUCUCCAGCUACGAAGCAGUGCUGCCCCCGGGUUUCAGGCCACACUUCGAGGUGGGCCUGGCCGUGGUGGUGCAGGACCAACUGGGAGCCGCUGUGGUCGCCCUCAACAGGUCUCUGGCCAUCACCCUCCCAGAGCCCAACGGCAGCGCAACGGGGCUCACAGUCUGGCUGCACGGGCUCACCACUAGUGUGCUCCUGGGGCUGCUGCGGCAGGCCAAUCCCCAGCAUGUCAUUGAGUACUCGCUGGCCCUGGUCACCGUGCUGAACGAGUACGAGCAGGCCCUGGAAGUGGCGGCAGAGCCCAAGCACGAGCGGCAGCGCCGAUCCCAGAUACGCAAGAACAUCACAGAGACUCUGGUGUCCCUGCGGGUCCACACUGUGGAUGACAUCCAGCAGAUCGCUGCUGCGCUGGCCCAGUGCAUGGGGCCCAGCAGGGAGCUCGUAUGCCGCUCGUGCCUGAAGCAGAUGCUGCACACUGAGGCCAUGAUGCGCAUCCUGCAGGCAGAGACCACCGUGGGCACCGUGACGCCCACCGCCAUCGGAGACAGCAUCCUCAACAUCACAGGAGACCUCAUCCACCUGGCCAGCUCAGAUGUGCGGGCACCACAGCCCUCAGCUGGGAGCCGAGAGCUGGGAGCCGAGUCACCAUCGCGGAUGGUGGCGUCCCAGGCCUACAACCUGACCUCUGCCCUCAUGCGCAUCCUCAUGCGCUCCCGCGUGCUCAACGAGGAGCCCCUGACGCUGACGGGCGAGGAGAUCGUGGCCCAGGGCAAGCGCUCGGACCCGUGGAGCCUGCUGUGCUAUGGCUGCACCCCAGGGCCUGGCUGCCACUUCUCCAUCCCCGAGGCUUUCAGCGGGGCCCUGGCCAACUUCAGUGACGUGGUGCAGCUCAUCUUUCUGGUGGACUCCAAUCCCUUUCCCUUUGGCUAUAUCAGCAACUACACCGUCUCCACCAAGGUGGCCUCGAUGGCGUUCCAGACACAAGCCGGCGCCCAGAUCCCCAUCGAGCGGCUGGCCUCAGAGUGCGCCAUCACCGUGAAGGUGCCCAACAACUCGGACUGGGUUGCCCGGGGCCACCACAGCUCUGCCAACUCCGUUGUGGUCCAGCCCCAGGCCUCCGUCGGUGCUGUGGUCACCCUGGACAGCAGCAACCCUGCGGCCGUGCUGCAUCUGCAGCUCAACUAUACGCUGCUGGACGACCGCUACCUGUCUGAGGAACCCGAGCCCUACCUGGCAGUCUAUCUGCACUCGGAGCCCCGGCCCAAUGAGCACAACUGCUCGGCUAGCAGGAGGAUCCGCCCAGAGUCACUCCAGGGUGCCAACCACCGGCCCUACACCUUCUUCAUUUCCCCGGGGACCAGAGACCCAGCGGGGAGUUACCAUCUGAACCUCUCCAGCCACUUCCGCUGGUCGGCGCUGGAGGUGUCCGUGGGCCUGUACACGUCCCUGUGCCAGUACUUCAGCGAGGAGGACGUGGUGUGGCGGACAGAGGCGCUGCUGCCCCUGGAGGAGACCUCGCCCUGCCAGGCCGUCUGCCUCACCCGCCACCUCGCCGCCUUCAGCGCCAGCCUCUUCGUGCCCCCAAGCCAUGUCCGCUUUGUCUUUCCUGAGCCGACAGCGGAUGUAAACUACAUCGUCAUGCUGACAUGUGCUGUGUGCCUGGUGACCUACAUGGUCAUGGCCGCCAUCGUGCACAAGCUGGACCAGUUGGAUGCCAGCCGGGGCCGCGCCAUCCCCUUCUGUGGGCAGCGGGGCCGCUUCAAGUACGAGAUCCUUGUCAAGACAGGCUGGGGCCGUGGCUCAGGUACCACGGCCCACGUGGGCAUCGUGCUGUAUGGGGUGGACAGCCGGAGCGGCCACCGGCACCUGGACGGCGACAGAGCCUUCCACCGCAACAGCCUGGACAUCUUCUGGAUUGCCACUCCGCACAGCCUGGGUAGCGUGUGGAAAAUCCGAGUGUGGCACGACAACAAAGGGCUCAGCCCUGCCUGGUUCCUGCAGCACAUCAUCGUCAGGAACCUGCAGACGGCACGCAGCGCCUUCUUCCUUGUCAAUGACUGGCUUUCGGUGGAGACGGAGGCCAACGGGGGCCCGGUGGAGAAGGAGGUGCUGGCCGUGAGCGACGCAGCCCUGUUGCGCUUCCGGCGCCUGCUGGUGGCUGAGCUGCAGCGCGGCUUCUUUGACAAGCACAUCUGGCUCUCCAUAUGGGACCGGCCGCCUCGUAGCCGUUUCACUCGCAUGCAGAGGGCCACCUGCUGCGUUCUCCUCAUCUGCCUCUUCCUGGGCGCCAACGCCGUGUGGUACGGGGCUGUUGGCGACUCUGCCUACAGCACGGGGCGUGUGUCCAGGCUGAGCCCGCUGAGCAUCAACACAGUCGCUGUUGGCCUGGUGUCCAGCGUGGUUGUCUAUCCCGUCUACCUGGCCAUCCUCUUUCUCUUCCGGAUGUCCCGGAGCAAGGAUCCUGUGGGGAUGGAUUGGAUUAUCCCCCACUCCUUGGAAGAGCUUAAGGAUACCCAACCAGUUGGUGAUUGAGCUGGGAUUUGAACUCAGGCAUUCUAAUGGCAAAGCUGUGCCCCUUCCACUCUACCAUCGUGUUCCUCUCCAGGGGAGGUGUCCCUGCAGUGCUGUGACUUUGUCAUCGAACAUGUGCUGAGCCAGGAGUUGUGAUGGCUCUGGAAUCGCUGCCCGUUUCACCGCAUCCACCUGCCCUCUAGAGGAGCAAGGCAAACAGCCGAGUUCUCUGGGGUGGCAUCAGCGGGCUGGUGUGGAAGCCAGAGGGGCGGUGGAGGGAGUCAGCCAAGCAUGGAAACUGGCAGAUGAGGAAGCUCCUUAAACUCUGAAAAAUGGAGAGAUAAGAAAUGGGUCCAAGUUCACACAGCCAGUAAGUAGCAAAGCUGUGAUCUGAACCCGAGAAAUCUAGCUCCACAGUCCAUAAUCUUAGCCUCUAUACUCUACUGCCUCCCCCAACUAAAAAAGAGUGAGAUUUUUACUACAUUUAUACAUCAUGUCAUCACUGUCACCAUCAUCCUCUCUUCACUGAGUUUUUGGCCACAUCUUCCCUUUUUUGCCCAGCACUUAAGCUUCCCCACUCCUUCCAUGUAGGUGGAAAUUCUGACUAUGAUUUCUUAGGUUUGACUUUUGCCCCCUUGCACUAGUUGAAUCAAUAACAAAAGACAAAACAUAAUUCUAUAUAGCCGCAGACCCUAGCCAUGGUGUGAUUGCUACAGUAUACAUAUUAACAAGGGAACCUACUUUGCCUCGACAAGAAGCAGCGGAAGAGAGCCAGAUGUCCCAUUAAAAGUCCUUUUUAACCUAAA